CAGCCAACCCACGCGAAACGUUCGAAGGUCGAAGGAAGGAUUGACCAGCAGCAGGUUUCUUCUUUAUCAGUUUCGCGUUCUUGAAUUCGAGUCUGUGCUUUAAACCAGCUGCCAAGAUGAAGCUCGUCCGGUUCCUGAUGAAAUGCGCCAAUGAGACGGUGACGAUCGAGCUGAAGAAUGGAACCAUCCUCCACGGCACCAUCACCUCCGUCUCGCCGCAGAUGAACACCAGCCUCCGCACCGUCAAGAUGACCCCCAAGGGCCGCGACCCCAUCGGCCUCGACACCAUCAACAUCCGCGGCUCCACCAUCCGCUACUACAUCCUGCCGGAUAGCCUGCCGCUCGACACGCUGCUGAUCGACGACACGCCCAAGCCCAAGAACAAGGCGCGCAAGGAGGCGGACCGUGGGGGUCGCGGGGGCAGAGGUGGGCCCCGCGGGAGGGGACGCGGACGUGGCAGGGGCCGGGGCCGGGGGUUCUAGAUUUUCUCCCUGG